AUGGAGAACAGAACUGGCAUCAAGGAGUUCAUCCUUCUAGGAUUCCCUUACGGCCUGGAGUUCCAAGUCUUGCUCUUCCUGGUCUUUCUGGUCACCUAUACCCUGACAAUAGCUGAGAAUAUGCUCAUCAUUUUUGUGGUGAAGAAGAACUGUCAUCUCCAUAAACCCAUGUAUUACUUCCUCUGUAACCUGUCCUUCCUGGAGAUCUGGUAUGUCUCGGUCACCAUGCCCAAGCUUCUGGUUAGCUUGUGGUCACAGAACAAGAGUAUUUCCUUCCCCAGCUGCAUGACCCAGCUCUACUUUUUCAUUUCUCUCAUAUGCACUGAGUGCUUCCUCCUGGCUGUUAUGGCCUAUGACCGCUACUUGGCCAUCUGCCACCCACUGCGAUACCCAGCUAUCAUGACCCACCGCCUGUGCUUGCAACUGGCAGCUUCCUCCUGGGUUGGCGGCUUCUCCAUCUCUGUGAUCAAGGUGUUCUUCAUCUCACGUCUGUCAUUCUGCGGCCCCCAGAUCAUCAAUCAUUUCUUCUGUGACAUCUCCCCAGUGCUGAACCUCUCCUGCACUGACAUGUCGCUGGCAGAGAUGGUGGACUUUGCACUGGCUAUGGUCAUCUUACCAGUUUCACUCUUUGUCACUGUCUUCUCAUAUCUCUGUAUCAUCACUGCCAUCUUGCGAAUCCCCACUGCUCAGGGGAGGCAGAAAGCCUUCUCCACCUGCACCUCCCACCUCACAGUAGUUCUCAUCUUCUUCUCAGCCACUAUCUUCAUUUAUGCUCGGCCUGGGAUGAUCUACCCUUUCAAUCUCAACAAGGUGGUUUCCAUCUUUUAUUCUGUAGUGACUCCAGCACUGAAUCCUCUGAUCUAUUGUCUGAGGAAUCAGGAGGUAAAAAAUAUCCUGAGGAAAACCUUAGGCUGGAACUUUUACCUGUCCCGCAGGAGGAACAUGUAG